AACGCUGAGUUUGUUUCUUUUCUGUUCUGUUAUAUAAAUUUCUUAUUUGAACGUCUUCAAAAAUCAAACGAUCAAAGUGAUGUCGCGUUGUAUCAAUUAGCAUCAAAGAGAAGAGAAAAAUUUUUAUGUAAGAAGUAAAGAUAUUCGAUAUAUUUUGUUCUACUAGUUAGCGAUAAUGAUAACCUUUAAAAAUAGAUAAAUGUUUUUGAAUUGGAUUUAUCAUUCGUUGAGUCUCACAAUCGAGUCAUUUUUGAAUAGUUUUUUAAAGAUCAUUUCCUGAUGGUGGCAUUUUCGAUACAAAGAAAUUUGGUGCCAUUCCGGAAAAUACGAUUCUUACUAUCAAUACUCGUACUGGUCAAAUCGUUAAUCAAUGGAGAAUGAAUACAAUAAUCUAUAUUUCAGAUUCUACAUGCCUCAUGGUCUUUCGAAUGAUACAGUAGGAAAUCUUUGGUUAACCGAUGUUGCAAUGCAUUAAAUAAAAUUAUUCCUAUGUUUUUCUCAAACUUUUAUUAGUAUUAGAUGAAGUAUUUGUACCUGGCAGUGAUCCAACACAUUUUGUAAACCAACUGAUGUUGCUGAUGGAUAUUGUAAUUCUCGCAUUAUUAAACUUUAUUCAAAAGAAAAAUUUUUUAAAAAAAUAUACAAUGCCUGAUGAAGAAAAACACCUUUCAAUUCCGCAUAGUAUUAUUCUUAUUGAAUAUCAAAAAAAUAAUUUUUUAUUUUCUAUAAUAGAGUUGUUUGUUUUGAUGAUGGAGAAACAAAUGAGAACAGUUUAUGCUUUUACUUAUUAUGCAACUAAACGUAGGAUUUUAUUUCAAAAAACAUUUUAUAUUAAUAAAUGACUUUUUUCAAUAGAUCGUCUUUAUGCAGUUAGUGGUAGAAAUUAAAAAAAUCGAGCAGUUGGUUUUACAUUUGAUGCUCAUCCAGAAUCAUUUGGUGAUUUGAUUGCUACUUCGAAAUCAAAUGAAGUUCGUAUAUGUUUAGAAAUUUGGUGAACCACAUGGUAUAGCUUUAAGUAUAAAUGGUCAUGCAUUAUUCGUUGGUGAAAUUCGUCCGAAUCGUAUUGAUGUAUUUGAUGUUCUCAAUUAA